CUUUGUGAAAAGGAUUUCCUACCGAGACCCCAAAGAAACCCCGACCACCGAGUAACCGGCAAAACCUGUAAACCUCGAGUAAAACUUCAACGGAGCCCCGACCAAAUCCCCCGGCGACUAAGAUGGAGAUAGAUCCCCCGGAACAAGCUCAGCUCCCGCAGAUCAAAGACAAAGACCUCUUCAAAUCCGCCGAGACCGGCGAUUGUUCAAUACUCCACUCGCUCUCGCCCCUGCAACUCUCCAAAGCUCUAUCGCUUCGAAACGAUGACGGCCGCUCCCUGCUCCAUGUAGCCUCCUCGUCCGGCCACACUAAGGUGGUGAAGCUUUUGUCCGAAGUUGAAGCAUCCAGCGGUGUGGUGAACAUCAAGGACGAUGAAGGUUGGGCGCCGAUACACUCCGCCGCUAGCAUUGGGAGUGUGCCGAUUGUGGAGAUUUUGCUGAGCAAAGGCGCGGAUGUCAACUUGAAAAAUGAUGGGGGACGCACAGCUCUUCACUAUGCUGCGAGCAAGGGUUGGUUGGAGAUUGCUGAACUUUUGAUUUCACAUGGUGCAAAGAUCAACUCCAAGGACAAGGCUUGUAACUCUGACUUGAUUGCUGUUCCUGUGAAUAUAUCUGUUCUCAAGCUUCAUAUGUUUCAACAGCUAUGUUGAUUUGCAACUGCUACAUUAUUCAGGUAGGAUGUACACCAUUGCAUAGAGCAGCGAGUACAGGGAGGGCCGAGUUGUGUGAACUCUUAGUCGAGGAAGGAGCAGAGGUAGAUGCUGUUGACGGAGUUGGUCAAACCCCUCUUAUGAACGCAGUGAUUUGUGAGAACAAAGAGGUGGCUUUUCUACUCAUAAGACAUGGAGCAGAUGUGGAUGUGGAGGACAAAGAAGGAUACACAGUACUUGGCCGAGCUUCUCGUGAUUUUAGGCCGACCCUCAUCGAUGCUGCCAAAGUCAUGCUUGAAGGAUGAUUCUUUGGCCAUUGGAGUAACUUAGAUUUGGAACUGAGGUCAGUUUUCUUGGUUACAGUGUUCCAAGGACAUGUUUUUGAUGGAUGUUUCUCAGUUAGGUUUCUUGAGCAUUAGUAGUUAACUUUUUUAAGAUCCUGGUGAGGUCAGCGCCAAUGUUCGUGCUGCUUGUUUUGGGGUUGUGAUUAACAUUUUUUUCCCAUUCUACUUGUGACAUCACUUCCCCCCUUAAAAGAUGGCAGUUAGACAUGUCACUGACUCUUUGGUACUUGAUGAAUAUAAUUGGG